UUUAUCAAAUACUACUUUCUUUGAUAUAAUUAUGCUUUUAUAAUUCGAUAAAAAUAAUGAUUCACAUUUAUUUCGUAUUAUUUAAAUUCAUAUUAUAAUUUUAUUAGUUUAUAGGUUAAAGUUGUUUGACCACGCUUUUAGUUAAGUUGAUAUUUUAUUAAAAAUGGCUAUGUUUUGGAAUAGAUUAGGACAGCUCGGUGUGGGUUUAACUUUGACUGGUAUCGUUGUUAAUAAUGCUUUAUACAAUGUUGAUGGAGGUCAUAGAGCUGUUAUUUUUGAUAGAUUUACUGGAAUAAAGAACCAAGUUGUAGGAGAAGGAACACAUUUUAUUAUUCCCUGGGUACAGAGACCUAUCAUAUUUGAUGUUCGAUCUAGACCAAGGAAUAUUCCUGUAAUCACUGGAAGUAAAGAUCUGCAAAACGUAAACAUCACACUUCGUAUUCUCUUCAGACCCAUACCAGAUUCUUUGCCGAAGAUCUAUACUGUUCUUGGUAUAGAUUAUGCUGAAAGAGUAUUGCCAUCUAUUACAAAUGAAGUAUUAAAAGCUGUAGUUGCUCAGUUUGAUGCAGGAGAACUAAUCACACAGAGAGAGAUUGUCUCUCAAAAGGUUAGGGAAGAUUUAACAGAAAGAGCUACACAAUUUGGAUUAAUUUUAGACGAUAUUUCUAUUACACAUUUAACCUUUGGAAAAGAAUUUACUCAAGCUGUGGAAAUGAAGCAAGUAGCACAGCAAGAAGCAGAAAAGGCCCGUUUCUUAGUAGAAAAAGCAGAACAGCAUAAGAAAGCUGCUAUUAUUAGUGCAGAAGGUGAUGCCCAAGCUGCUAGUUUAAUUGCAAAGUCCCUUGGUGAAGCAGGCGAUGGUUUAGUUGAACUUAGAAGAAUUGAAGCUGCAGAAGACAUAGCUCAUAAUCUUUCUAGAUCUCGUCAAGUAGCUUAUUUGCCCCCAGGUCAAAAUGUUCUACUUAACUUACCGCAGUAAAAAUAUAAACUCGAAUAAAAAUUAUAUAUAUAA